UAAACCUAAUCUUAAUCCUGAUUGGAAUGAAACCCUAGAUUGGAAUUGACGACAGGCUAGGCGCAAGCAAAGAGAGAAAGGAAAACAAAGUUAAAGUUAGUGGAGACAAAAAGCCAAGGAAGCUGGAAAUGGAAAUGGGAAUGGAAUAAAGGUGGUUUCGGUUGAGGUUGAUCUGACAAUAAUAAAUUGAAGCGAUUAAAAAAAUUUGAGAUGAAAAUGGGUUCGGAGGCGAAGGAGCAGCCGUCGAUGAGAUUAAUAGUGAGUUGUUUGAUUACAGGGGCAGCGGUGCUGGCGGGGUUUUCUCUCUUGAGCCCCUACUUGGCUUCAAAUGGUUCUUGUCUCGGGCUGGGAUUGGGAAGUUUACAAUGGAGAAAGAAAAAGAAGAAGCCAGUACGCGUAUACAUGGACGGGUGCUUCGACAUGAUGCACUAUGGUCAUUGCAACGCGCUCCGUCAGGCGCGUGCUCUCGGUGACCAGCUGGUUGUUGGUGUUGUGAGCGACGCGGAAAUCACGGUGAACAAGGGUCCUCCCGUGACGCCUCUUCACGAGAGGAUGAUAAUGGUGAAUGCUGUGAAAUGGGUGGAUGAGGUAAUUCCAGAUGCACCUUAUGCCAUAACUGAAGAUUUUAUGAAGAAAUUGUUCGAUGAGUACAACAUCGAUUACAUUAUUCACGGCGACGAUCCUUGCGUUCUUCCUGAUGGAACUGAUGCCUAUGCCCUUGCCAAGAAGGCCGGCCGCUACAAGCAGAUUAAGCGCACUGAAGGUGUAUCCAGCACAGACAUCGUUGGUCGUAUGCUUCUGUGUGUAAGAGAGAGAUCCGUUAGCGAUAGUCACAACCACUCUUCAUUGCAAAGGCAGUUUAGCCAUGGCCACAACCAGAAACUUGAAGAUGGUGGAUCCGGCAGCGGAACUCGUGUCUCUCAUUUUCUUCCUACUUCUCGAAGAAUUGUUCAAUUCUCUAAUGGCAAGGGGCCUGGACCUGAUGCUCGUAUAGUCUAUAUAGAUGGUGCAUUUGAUCUAUUUCAUGCUGGGCAUGUCGAGAUCUUGAGGAUUGCUCGGGGGCUUGGAGAUUUUCUUCUUGUUGGGAUACACAAUGAUCAAACUGUCAGUGCAAAAAGAGGAACUCAUCGCCCUAUUAUGAAUCUUCAUGAAAGAAGUUUAAGUGUUUUGGCUUGUCGCUAUGUGGAUGAGGUUAUAAUCGGUGCUCCAUGGGAAGUGUCUAAAGACAUGGUCACAACCUUCAACAUCUCACUAGUUGUCCAUGGAACAGUAGCUGAGAACAAUGAUUUUGAGAAGGAGAAUGACAAUCCAUAUGCAGUUCCGAUUAGCAUGGGUAUCUUUAAAGUUUUGGAAAGCCCACUGGAUAUCACAACUACCACGAUAAUCAGAAGGAUUGUUGCAAAUCAUGAGGCAUACCAGAAGCGAAACGAGAAAAAGGCAGCUAGUGAGAAAAAGUAUUAUGAAGGCAAGACUUUCUUGUCUGAUGAUUGAUUGAUGUAUCAGACCAUCUGGUGCACAUAGGUUGGUGGAUGCAUAUUUACUAAAGUAGUGAAUGGAUUUAUCAGUGUAUUAACAUGAUGGAUGACUCGAUAGAGAUAAGUAAUUGAAGAUCAUAUGCGAUUGCUGAGUCAAUCUUGUCACGGAAUUCUGUUCUUCUAAUUUUGGACCACACUUUGUUGGAAUUAGAUUCCAAGGCGAUAAUUGAGAGUUUAGGGUAGAGGUUGAGCCUGUCAUAUGUAUAAGAGCUUGCUUCAGUUUUAUGCAUUACUGAUUUUAUUAUACCCAUUAAAGUGCUUCUACUCAGAUGAAAAGAGCAAUUCUGUCUGCUAUGUUUGUUGUCAUUGGC